GGGUGUGAAUACUUUCUGAAGGCACUGUAUAUUUUGAAAUCAUCCUUAAUCAUCAUCACCACUAAACCGACGACUCCAGUGACUGCAAUGUGCGCUUCAGAUGUUGCGGACACUGAUACCCACGCAAAGUGUCUCAAGACGUUAUAGAAUGAUGCAGUUGGACUUUGGGUGUAGUCGCACAUGCACGGCCAAGGAUGCUCAAAAAUGGGACGAUUUUGAAUAAUUAGCCUAUAGCUGCUUCCUUGUUUUCCAAAUAAUGUAACAUCAUUUGUGUGAUGUAUGCAGUCUUUUUGAGCGCUUGGAGUGAGAAGACACACCUUUUGUGCACUCGGAGUACAACAAUUGUUCUAAAAUACAGUCAUAAAAGUGUACAUUUCAGAUUUUGAUUUUUCUUUUGGCUGAUGUAGCUACAGCAGAGGAGAACUAUGGUUGAUUUGGAGAGCGAAGUACCCCCUCUUCUCCCGAAGUAUAGAUUCAGAGACUUACUCUUACAUUUACAAAAUGAUGAGAGGGUGCAAGUAGAAUUUUACGCCAAUGGAAGUACUUUCAAAGAGAGACUUAAACUGUUCUUCAUCAAAAACCAAAGAUCAAGCCUGAGAAGACGAGUGUUUGACUUCUCCAUAAAGGUCCUGAGCUGUGUCCUAUAUCGUGUGUUGACAGACGACCCAUCCAAAGGACAUGGCUGGUCUCCCAUAAUAUGGGUCGAACGAAGUCUUGGCAUAUGGGCGUUACAGGUGUCUGUGGCAGUUAUCUGUCUUUUUGAAACUAUUCUGUUGACCUACCUGAGUUACAAGGGCAACAUUUGGGAGCAGAUACUUCGGUUGACGUUCAUCCUGGAGACGGUGAACACAGUGCCUUUCCUGCUCACCAUCCUGUGGCUUCCUCUGCGGAACCUCUUCAUCCCUGUGUUCCUGAACUGCUGGUUGGCCAAGCACGCCUUGGAGAACAUGAUAAAUGACCUGCAUCGUGCCAUCCAGCGAACACAGUCUGCCAUGUUCAACCAGGUGCUCAUCCUCAUCUCCACUCUCUUCUGCCUCAUCUUCACCUGCAUCUGUGGCAUCCAGCACCUGGAGCGGGCGGGCAAGAAGCUGACGGUGUUCAACUCCUGGUACUUCUGCGUCGUCACCUUCUCCACAGUGGGCUACGGCGACGUCACGCCCAACGUGUGGCCCUCCAAGCUGCUGGUGAUCAUCAUGAUCUCUGUAGCCCUGGUGGUGCUGCCCAUACAGUUUGAGCAGCUGGCCUACCUGUGGAUGGAGAGGCAGAAGUCGGGGGGGAACUACAGCCGUCACCGCGCCCAGACGGAGAAACAUGUGGUGCUGUGUGUCAGCUCCCUCAAGAUAGACCUUCUGAUGGACUUCCUCAACGAGGUCUACGCCCACCCCGGGCUGCAGGACUACUAUGUCAUCAUCCUGUGUCCAACAGAGAUGGACGCCCAGGUGCGCCGGGUGCUCCAGAUCCCCCUGUGGUCCCAGCGGGUCAUCUACCUCCAGGGAUCGGCCCUCAAGGACCAGGACCUCAUACGAGCCAAAAUGGACAAUGCAGAGGCUUGUUUCAUCCUAAGCAGUCGCUGUGAGGUGGUCCGCACCGCCGCAGGUUGUGAGCAUAACAACUUUGAGGAUGCCAAAGCCUACAGCUUUAAGAACAAGCUGAUUAUUGUAUCGGCUGAGACGGCGGGGAAUGGACUGUACAACUUCAUCGUCCCGCUUAGGGCUUCCUACAGACUCAAGAAAGAUCUGAACCCCAUUGUGUUGCUUCUGGAUAAUCACCUGGAUGACCUCCUGCGUUGCGGUGUGUCCUUUGCAGCCAACAUGGUGGUGGUGGACAAGGAGAGCACCAUGAGUGCAGAAGAGGACUACAUGGCUGAUGCCAAGACCAUCGUCAAUGUGCAGACACUGUUCAGGUUGUUCUCCAGUCUCAGUAUCAUCACCGAGCUAACCCACCCCGCCAACAUGAGGUUUAUGCAGUUCAGAGCUCAGGACUGGUACUCUCUGGCUCUCUCUAACCUGGAGAAGAAAGAGCGGGAGAAAGGCUCCAACCUGGCCUUCAUGUUUCGCCUGCCGUUUGCUGCAGGGAGGGUCUUCAGUAUCGGCAUGCUGGACACUCUCCUCUACAAGUCGUUUGUCAAAGACUAUAUUAUCUCCAUCACCAGGCUGCUGCUGGGCCUGGACACCACCCCGGGCUCUGGAUUCCUCUGCUCUAUGCAGAUCUCUGAGGAUGACCUGUGGAUCCAGACAUAUGGAAGGCUCUAUCAGAAACUGUGUUCCACCGUCGGAGACAUUCCCAUCGGCAUCUACAGGACCGAGUCCCAGACAGCAGAUUCCUCUGAGGAGGUGCCCUCUAGACCGCAAGGCUGUUUUAACAUUGUUGACAUUCAUUUGUUUGGCUGUGAAAUCCCAUCACAGCUCUCGGUGUGCGUGGGGGACUUACACGACCCCAAGGAGCAGAGAGACCGAGAACUCCCCCCUGUGGCCGGAGGGCUCCAUCGGACGGGAAGCCUAAAUCAUUGGACGUUUCAAUAUGAUUGUCUUGUUCCAAUUCCAGAUGACAUGAGUGAGAACCAGACUACUCACUCCCACACAUACGUGUUGAUCAACCCACCUCCUGACACCAGGCUGGAGCUCAAUGACAUAGUGUAAGUAUGGCAGCACAUAGAAAAGUAGGGGCCUGAAGAAACGGUUGAUGAGAUGCAAUAAAGUAGAAGCAAUCAAGAAAGUGGCAAACUCCAUAUUACUACUCAAUAUUACUCCACAUUACUCCAUAUCACUACUCCACAUUACUCCAUAUUUCUACUCCAUAUUACUACUCCAUGUUAUUACUCCAUAUUACUACUCAAUAUUACUACCCCGUAUUACUCCAUAUCACUACUCCACAUUACUCCAUAUUUCUACUCCAUAUUACUACUCCAUGUUAUUACUCCAUAUUACUACUCAAUAUUACUACCCCGUAUUACUCCAUAUCACUACUCCACAUUACUCCAUAUCACUACUCCACAUUACUCCAUAUUACUACCCAGUAUUACUCCAUAUUACGACUCCGUAUUACUUCAUAUUACUACUCCACAUUACUACUCCACAUUACUACUCCACAUUAUUACUCCAUAUUUCUACUCCAUAUUACACGAUAUUACUCCAUAUUUCUACUCCACAUUACUACUCCACAUUACUACUCCACAUUAUUACUCCAUAUUUCUACUCCAUAUUACUCCAUAUUAGUACUCCAUAUUACUCCAUAUUACUACUCCAUGUUAUUACUCCAUAUUACUACUCCAUGUUAUUACUCCAUAUUACUCCAUAAUCCUACUCCUCAUUACUCCAUAAUACUUCUCCAUAUUACUACUCCAUAUUUCUACUCCAUGUUACUAUUCCACAUUACUACUCCACAUUACUCCAUAUUACUCCUCCACAUUACUACUCCAUAUUAUUACUCCAUAUUUCUACCCCAUAUUACUACUCCAUAUUACUACUCCAUAUUACUACUCCAUAUUACUACUCCAUAUUACGACUCCAUAUUGCUCCAUAAUACUACUCCAUAAUACGACUCCAUAUUACUCAAUAAUACUACUCCAUAAUACUACUCCAUAUUACUACUCCAUAUUACGACUCCAUAUUGCUCCAUAAUACUACUCCAUAA